CACAAACUUGUAAGACAUGUAAAUACACAAUCUAACGUUUUGAGAAAAGUGGAAUGUAUUCACAUGCAAUGCCUCUAAUUUCUCUCUCUUUCUCUCUCUCAUACGAAUCACCAUCAUACGCCAUUGACUUUAAUUAAUGUCAUAAAAAAAAAAUCCAUCAUUAACAACUCGCUAUUCAUUUCAUCAUCAAGAAGAUGAACAACACAACCGAUUCAUCUGGAUUCUUUGGCUCAAAUGACAUAAGUGGAUUUGGCUAUGGCAUAGGAAUUUCAAUUGGGAUUCUUCUACUCAUCACAACAAUCACACUCACUUCAUACUUUUGUGCAAGAUCACAAGUUCCAAAUGCUCCUAGAAGAAACAACAACAACCACAACAACACCUCGGAAUUUCUUGAGCCACAACAUUCAAUAAUUAAUUUUGGAUUAGAUGAAGAAACAAUCAUGAGUUAUCCAAAGAUGUUGUAUUCUGAAGUGAAGCUUAGAAAAAAUUAUUCAACAUCAACAUGUUGUUCUAUAUGUUUGGGUGAUUACAAAGGAAGUGACAUGCUUAAGGUUUUGCCAGAUUGUGAACAUUUGUUUCAUCUUAAGUGUAUAGAACCUUGGUUAAGGUUGCAUCCCACUUGUCCUCUUUGUAGAACUUCUCCAAUUCCCACACCUCUUUCAACACCUUUGGCUGAGGUUGUUCCAUUAGCAACAAGGAGAGAUUCAUCAUAGGUAGUUUCAUUUUUUUGUAUUUUUUUGUUUCAAAUUGCAUCAUUGAUGGAAUUGUCCCAAAAUUUAUAUUUUAGUACUUUAUUUAUCGAUUCCAUAGUGUAUAUUCUUCCGUUUAGCCUUUGUGCCAAACAGAAUUUGUUGAAAAUUAGUAACAAAUAUUGGUUCAUUAUAUAUAUGUCUCUAAUUUUGUAGUUAAAUGUUAAGAUAUUUUUAGUAGAAAUUGAAUAUCUUCUGCAUAUAAUUUUAGAGAUUAAUUUGUUAAACCGAUAAAAAAUUACAAUAGACAGUAAAAUUCUCUUUAAAAAAAUUUAACACGGUUGCAUACCUAAGACUGAGUUUAAACUUAAAAUCUCUAGGAAAGAAAUCCUCUAUGUAUUAGUAAUGAAAUUUUUGAUCCUAAAGUGAAGGCAUAUUAAGUGCAUGUGUCUGUAUAGUGAGAGAGGGGCCGAGACAUUAAUUUUGUACUAAAAAGAGCCACCAUUGGAACUGCAUGAAUUGAAAUUCGGAUACAUAGGAGAUUAAUAGAACUUAUGUAUUCUAGUUUCAGUGUAUUUAGUGCUCAAGCUCUGGGCCCAUCAUACUGCUUCUCAGUUUAGCAAGCAACUUUUUUUUUUUUUUUUGUUUUUAGCGACAAAUUCUGCAUCCAAAAUGAUGAAUUGCUCACGUGAAUUCCUUCUUUUACAAUACAGUUUAAUAUCUUUGAAAAAACAUCAUCAUGCUAAUGAUUUCCUUCUUCGCGGCCUAUGGAUUUUAUAAUUUGACAUUAGAGGUUAUAUCCUUUAAUGAUAUAAUGGUAUGAGUGUUAGUCUGAAUUUUCGACCACGGUAAUCUUAGUGUAUAAAAGAGUGGUUCAAGAAAAAAAACUAAGUAACAUUUGAAGAAUUAAAAGAG